ACUGAUGUUCGCUUUUUGCUUUCCUGGUUAAUUGGCUUGUUUGUCUUGGGUGCAUAACAAAAACGUGUAUAACUGUUAACACCUCGCCUAUGUCAUCUAGAGAAAGCAUUUGUUGGUUGCUUUGGAUCACUGACAUAUCAACUCUGAAGAGUGGUGUGUGUCCAGCAGUGUGGCCACAGUUAGCCAAUAUGACGUGGGACGGCGGACGAGGCCGGGCCGGACCAUAGACUGUAUAAAAAUGGGCUGGACGCAGCCGGUUUCUGUGCAUUUAUAGGCUACUUCGGGCAACGGUUGUUAUACGCUCAUAUCAAGAGCGACGUGCAUUCGGUGAAAUAUCAUACUAGCAUGUAGCUAAUUAAAUUCAACUCAUUGAAAGCGUGCGGGUAACGCGAAUCGCUUGACUCUGCUUUAUUAAUGUGCAAAAUUGUACAAAGCUAACAUUAGCCGAUCAGUUGACCUCCUGUGUGACAUUACAAUUUAGUUGUACCUGUUCGCACUUGGAAAACUAGUUGGCAAUAUUAUUUGUCGCAGCAGCUCCUUCAUUCAAUGGUCGUUUGAGCCGUAGUGGCCCCUAGCUACAUGGUCCACCGCGCCCGCUCACAAGUGAACCAUGUAAGAGCGAGAACCAUGUUUGAGAAAAUAUGAUCACUUUAGAGGGAAAAAAUUACAUUCAUAUUUUACCAGCUGGUGUAAAAAUAAACAGAACUGUGUAUUUUAGUUUACCUGUAUUUUAGUGGAAAUGUUAUUUACGUAUGAAAGGUGGAAUCGAAGCUACGUCAUUCAAGAUUUCUUCAGCUCGGACUUUGGAACAAACGUAAUUCUCUGUGCAGCAGCUAUUGUGGUCGCUCGCCCAAGAAUUCUAAUGGUUUACUGUUCCUCACACCCGUGUAUUUCACAAAGCGCAUUUUUCCAACUACUGUUGUGACAGCAUUUUGCAGCUGCGCUGGUUUAGACUGAUUUUGAUAUUCCUACAAGAGUAUCGCAGGACCCAUUGGGGGGUGGGGGGUUGGUUAUUAAGCAGUCUGUGCUUUGUGUUUUUUCCUUUUAGGUUCCAAAAAACAGUUUGAGCAUUAGCAUGGCAGCGAUUACUGUUGCUGUUAUAUGGGAAAAGUAGUGAAGGCGGGAGACAAGGAUCUGGAUGGCCAGCUGGACUUUGAGGAAUUUGUCCACUACCUGCGAGACCACGAGAAGAAGCUGCGUCUGGUGUUCAAGAGCCUGGACAGGAAGAACGAUGGUUGCAUCGACUCGCAGGAGAUCAUGCAGUCGCUGCGAGACCUGGGCGUUAGCAUCUCCGAGCAGCAGGCCCAGAAGAUCCUAAACAGCAUGGAUAAGAACGGCACGAUGACCAUCGACUGGACGGAGUGGAGAGACUACCACCUCAUGCACCCGGCCGACAACAUUCCCGAGAUCAUCCUGUACUGGAAACACUCCACGAUAUUCGAUGUGGGCGAGAGCAUGCUGGUGCCGGACGAGUUCACGGCGGAGGAGAGGAAGACGGGGGUGUGGUGGCGCCACCUGGUGGCGGGCGGGGGAGCGGGAGCGGUGUCGCGCACCUGCACUGCCCCGCUGGACCGCCUCAAAGUACUGAUGCAGGUGCACGCGUCGCGUAGCAACAGCAUGAGCAUGGUUGGCGGCUUCGCCAACAUGAUCAAAGAGGGCGGAAUGAGGUCACUGUGGCGAGGGAACGGGAUGAACGUCAUCAAAAUCGCGCCCGAAUCCGCCAUAAAGUUCAUGGCAUACGAGCAGAUUAAGUGGCUGAUAGGCAGUGAUCAGGAGGCUCUGGGGAUUCUGGAGCGCCUGGUUGCCGGUUCCCUGGCGGGAGCCAUCGCCCAGAGCAGCAUAUACCCCAUGGAGGUUCUGAAGACCCGCCUGGCCCUGCGGAGGACGGGGCAGUACGGCGGCAUCGUGGACUGUGCCAGGCACAUCCUCAGGAAGGAGGGGAUGGCAGCAUUCUAUAAGGGCUACGUCCCCAACAUGCUGGGCAUCAUCCCAUACGCGGGCAUCGACCUGGCUGUGUAUGAGACGCUGAAGAACGCCUGGCUGCAGCGGUACGCCACGGACAGCGCUGACCCCGGCGUGUUCGUGCUGCUGGCCUGCGGCACCACGUCCAGCACCUGCGGCCAGCUGGCCUCGUACCCGCUGGCCCUGGUGCGCACGCGCAUGCAGGCCCAAGCCACCCAGGAGGGGGGCCCCCAGAUGACCAUGUCGGGGCUCUUCAGGCACAUCGUCCAAACGGAGGGACCCACGGGGCUCUACAGGGGCCUGGCCCCCAACUUCAUGAAGGUCAUCCCGGCUGUCAGCAUCAGCUACGUGGUCUACGAGCACCUCAAAACCAGCCUGGGGGUGCAGUCGCGGUGAGGAGGGUGGAGAGGGGAGGAGAGGUUCCACAGUGACCAAAAAAAAACACUGAAGACUGUCGGUGGGGGAGGGGGACAAUCUAAGGGCGCCGCUGAGACGCCUGCGGACUUUUGCACAAUCGACCCAUUCUGUGAAUGUGUGAUGGCUGAACGGGGGGAAGCAAAGGGGUGGAGGAGUGCACUAGUGAACAAAACCUGAGACUGGUCUCUGGCUGUGACUGUCGGCGGGGACAAGGGGACGAAUGCUUCUCUCACCAAUAUUUAAUUUAACUUUAUUAUAAUUAUUAUUUUUAUCACUGUCAUUAGUUUUAAUGUUUAAGAGAGGCACUUCAGAGUAAUUCAUUCAACACACCCCCCCCCCCUUUUCCACAAGCUAUAAAUCUAACAGCUUUAUCAAAUGGCCGUACUGAUGGUCUUUGGGUAGACUGUCACGCAGCAUUAAGGGACCACGGACGUGUGUUCGGCUGCCUGCUGUGCUCCGCUCGUGGCGGCGGAGUGAUGGUGCCCUGGGCUGCCUGCCGCUGGCUUCCAGGAGCAGGAAACACCUGGGUGCUCAUGCAGUCCAGCAGGGGGCAGUGUCUGUCCAGCUGCUGCGGGUUCUACAAAGAAACUUGGUCCGUGCAACGAAAACAACCCGUAAUGUGACAAGGGCUCCUCGGUUGUCGGUUUUGCGCGCGGCAAAUUCAUCCUGGAUUAAGAUAUUACUUUUUAUUUAAUAGCAUCAAUGCUACUUUAACAAUUAUUAGAUUUUUUUAAUUUGUGCACUGGAGAAACAUUUUACGUCAUAGUCUAAAUCUCCAUUGUGGCUGCUUAAGGAGUCGCCCGUUUGUUAAUAGUGCUUUAUUUUCCCAUUUUAAAUUUAGUUUAAACGGAUGGAUGUUCCACCUCCGGUUAUUCUGUUUUUAAUUUAACUCCGAUUCUGAAGAAACGCCUUAUCUGUGUAAAAUGUCAAAAUGUCAUCUCGAACAAAUGGGGAGGGCUAUUCUGUAAGUGCUACUCUAAAUUAUUUUUGUAUGCUGACCAGAUAUUUAUUUUAUGGUGGCCUCAUUAUGAGAUGGGCUAUGUAAAGAGUAUAUUUGCAGCAUUUGACUUUGUUACAAAAAAAUGAUCCGUGAUUCAUUUCAGUGUAACAUACGUUAUGCAACUGGUCCCUUCUGGAAUGAGUCGUUUUCAAGUGAACGUUUUUGCAUAACUGUUUUCCAAAGUCUUGGUGAGGUGGCGUUUAUGGGUUAGCGGCGGGACAGAAAUAUGGGAUCCCGUGACGAAAGCACUACACUGGGAUAGCACACCCAUGUAUCUCUUCCAAAUGUACAUGUCUCGACGAUUAACUCUUAAGCACUUUAAAAUAUAUCUCCUUUGACAACACUUGAAUUUAUUAUUUUUAUUUUUUUUAAUAUACAUAUAGAUCAGGAUUUGAUGAUGCAUUGUUUUGUAGGUGCUUGGAAAUAUUAUUUGCGCACUCGUGUCAGUUCUCGCCAUCAUUUUAACGGUGCGUGUAUAGUGACAAGUUGAUGUGUAUGGCUUUGCUGUAUCGUUUUCUUUUACGCCUCGUCUAGUCCGGUCAGGAUAAAGGGUCUAUCUUUGUCCACGCUUCCCCGGUCACGUGGGCGUUCGGUACUGGAAUUUUUAAACAGGCAGUUCGGUAAAAACGACUCUGAUCCCUUGACUUGAACACGGAUUCUAUAGAUCCUGUAUAUAUGUAUAUAUAUCUUACAAUGAAGUGUAGUCUAUAGAAUCUUUGGCUGAAGCGCAGCUGUUGCCUUAAUUUGUGCGAGACGUUGGACUGCUUUGUGUCUUCGGCUGGCAGGAGAUGCAGAGGAAGGGGGCGCGUCGCUCGGGUGUUUCUCUUCGGUCUUUUAUUCUCAGGGAGAAUUCAGAGGGGGAAAAGGGAAUGCACGAGGGAAUUGCACUUGGAUUUUUUUUCCUAUAGCGCCCCCGUUCUCUCCACGUCCUUGCAGUCUGGCGUUCUUGUUUUGGCUACUCGUUCAGGUUUUGUUUAGUUAUUCCACUUUCCACCAGCUUGUCCCUUCUCUGUUUUUGAUGCCGGUAAAGUAUUUAUUACGGAUGACUUGUAUGCACUCAUACUUUGUGAUGGGCUACAGCAAAUAUUUGGAGGCGUUCCAUUUCUGGGCUAUAUUUGCGCACCUGCAUCAGAAGCGGGGAGACGUUAAUUCAUUCGUUUUUUAAACCUAGAACUGGCUGCGAAGACGUAUGCCAGUAGGGCCAUGCUCCCAGGUAGAAUGCCACAUUUCAGAACCGUCUGAAAAUAUUACGCCUUACUGUCGAAAUAAUGUUCGGCUGUGCUGCCUGUCUUAACGCUUACAUGAACUGUGACGUGUAGAGCAUAUUCCACUUCACCGGAAAACUAAGAUGUAAACUGAAUAUUUUAACUCGGAAAUCAUAAUCCGCAUUUGCUGAUGCUUUGAAAUUCAGUUGUUUGUGUAGCAAUGACAUAUCUGUUCCGAAGAGAGUGAUAGGCUAUACAUAUAUAUAUUUUUAAAUGAGAAUGUUGCAAGUGAGUCUUGGCGCAAAGAUCAAUGCAAAAAAAAUUAUAAAAUAAUAAUAAAAAAUAAAAUGGUUAUUGAAGCAAACUUUGUCCCUUACAUUUGAGCUAUGUAAUGAAUGUAAUGCAGAUGUAUUUAUGUCAAUAUGGGAACAACUGUCAAAUAAAGUUAUUCUUAGUUCAAA